AUGUUUCGCCAAAGAACAAGCGCCCAAAAACCCGGCGAUGAAUUGCUGGCCACUUUUCGAAAGCAGUUCCCCGAGGUGGCUGUUACGACCACGGCCCCAGUUGGCGCCGCGAGCGCCGCCGUUGAUAAUACGGGCAUGGUUCCGUCUAUUCCGGGCGUUCAAGAAAGAAGCCACAGCCUCAGUCAUGAAGCUUUCAGGGAUCAAGACCCAACGCCCAGAGCUACGAAUGAACCAUGGAGGUUCACGCCGUCGCUGCUUGACCCCAACUCGUUCUCCUUCACCAACUUCGCCAAUGCUCCGCCCGGUUACUACACUCCCACGCCGGGAGGCACCAACACCAUCUAUCAUCCUCAAGCCGGUGACUUGCACACACCUACCCUAGGGCUCGGCAUGGGUCUCGGGACGCCUCUGUCGAUGCCUACGUCUGAAGGCGCAAUGCACGCUGGGCAGCCUAUGAUGGACCUCGCCGGGUUCCAGGGGAUGCAAGGAAUGCACCACCCUCAGCAGUUUCAACAACCCUUCAAUCCCUUUAUCCAGCCUCCGGCACACCAGCAAUCCUUCGCCCCCUCGUCAUUUGUUCAUCAAGACACCGGAUACGAGACUAUGGAGCAAGAUGGGUCGCCAAUGAACUCCGAUCCAUCUGAAGAGCGAAUGGCUUCUAUCGACAGCGCAUUUCACAACUCGCCCAUGGUUGGUUUCCAGGGACGCCAAUUCGGAGGCCUGCCCAUGGCUGCGGUCAUGCCACCAUCUGCUGAGAAGUUCCGGUUUCACGCUACUUUGAAUGCCCCUACCGCCAUGAUCAAACACGCCGAUGAGAUUCCCGUCACGUAUCUCAACAAGGGCCAGGCUUACUCUCUGUCUGUGGUCGAUACCAAUGCUACAAUGCCUGUGGCUCCGGGGACCAAGUUCCGCACUUUUGUCCGGAUCUCCUUCGAAGACGAGCAGCAAAGGCAGAAGCCCGGCGUCUGCUGGGCUUUGUGGAAAGAGGGACGAGGCACAAACGAAGCUCAUCAACGAGGCGGAAAGCUGCAGGCCGUGGAAUAUGUAGAGGCAGGCCAGCCGACCGAAGGCGACGACAAGAGAACCCGUGUUGAGUUGGAGUCGUCCUCCUUUGACGGGUUUUCAGUGGUUUGGACCCCCGGCAUCAACGGCGCCCCCGAAUGCAACAUUGCCGUACGCUUCAACUUUUUAUCAACCGACUUCAGUCACUCCAAGGGUGUCAAAGGCAUUCCAGUAAGACUCUGCACCAAGACCAGCACAUUCCCGAUAGACACCGCACAGCCAGCAGCCGAUGCCAACCCGGAGAUCUGUUUCUGCAAGGUCAAGUUGUUCCGCGACCACGGUGCCGAGCGGAAGCUUUCCAACGAUGUUGCACACGUCAAGAAGACCAUCGACAAGCUCAAGCAACAGAUUACCCAAGCUGAAAGCGGCAUGAAGGACUUUGGAAAGCGCAAGAGGUCGAACGCUGCAGCACAAGUCAAGGGUGCAGAUCAGCGACCCGGCAAGGUUCAGAAACACAAGCGAACUUGGUCCAUGUCCUCCACCAGUUCAGCCGGGGCCGGAACUCGCCCUCCUCUCGAAGAAGACUUGCACUUCAAGCUUCAAACAUUGCAGGAUAUGUUUACCAGUACCCGACCUGUGAGCGUAUUGUACCUACGUGGCGAAGAACUCGACGAUCCAGACCUGCACCCCGUUUCGCUUCCUGGAGAGCAAGGCGAACUUGCCAAGGUAGAAUCCCGCGAAGGCCCAGCAUGGCAAGCACGGAGUGGCCGCAGUUCUGUUGCUGGCUCGUCUCUCGUAUCACCUUCGCCGAGCUCCCUAUCACUAGCGUCUCAGGCUUCAGUUGUCCCCAAUCGUCAAUGGGCUGGGUUUGAGGGUGAGGGCUCUGGCGAACCUGCUUCCCGGCAAGGGUCAGACCAACCUACCAAGGUCACCAAAACAGACGAUGCGGGCAAUUUGAGCGGUUGGAUCGAGGCACUAGGAGUGGACCCAGCUUAUCGUCCUCCUCCAGAGCGCGUGGUAAAGCCCGCCGCUUGCUUCUACAUUCUCCGACCCAACAUAACGGAGCCAGAAAAGCGGGAGUACUACCGGGCUAUCUACUUGGCCCAGAGGAAUCUCAAAGACUUUAACUAUCGUGUGGCUGCAAAGUGGAACCUGGAUCCUUCGAAGAUUCUGCGGACAGUUCACGUUCUCGAUCGUGGUCUCGAGGUCGAGAUAGACGACGACGUCAUCCAAGAACUCAGAGAAGGCCAAGACAUGAGGCUCGAAAUCAAGGAGAUCUUGCCCGAAAACCCCGUCCAGCUCAAACGCGAAUGGGACAUGGCCAUCGACCCAAGCGAUGGCGACGCCAUGGAUCAAUCAUCUGCACAAGGCGGUUUCGAAUUGCGCCUUAACUUUUAA